UGUACACACAUAAGAGGUCUGGCGUUGUACAAGUGUAUUGAACAGGCAGCAACUGGAGUUGCACGAGCAACGCAAAUCAACGCAUUUAAAGGACCACAAGAGGAAAAAGAGGCGCGCGCCGCGUUACUUGAUUCAAAUCGGAUGCUUGUCGGUAACUGCUACUUUUUUAGUAAGUGAACAGCGUGUCAAGAUAAGAUUUGUAAACUACUAAAAAACCUUUUUUACAGUCAGUGAUGUUUGUCCUGUAUAUGCUAAAUCAAUACCUUUUGAUAUGUGAUUUAAAAUGAGCUGUGCCACUGUGGGAUCCGUGAGAUUAUAACACACACACAGAAGCGACAGCGGCAUCCGACAUGUAUUGUGAUGGACUCUAGGAGCACCUGCGAUUUUUUUAUUUGAGGUCCUGAGCACUGCAGCUGAAUUCCUGCGCUGCUGAGACGACUGUGUUUGAGUCUGACGACUCCAGCUGAAAAGGCACGAGUUUAUCCUCUUGACAUCCUUUGCAAAACUUCACAUGAACAACAUGGUCUCGUGGUCAGAUGUGAUUAAAUGAUUCCCUCACUCAGGUGUGGGGAAGCUCCAAAACGAAUUCCUAACUCGCUCUUGGCAACACCUCCAUGCAUCAUGCAUGCAAUAAAAGUAAUAUGAGCUCAAUGCAAAUGUUAAGAAAAGAUGUUUUCUGAAGAGGCAAAUUUGAGUUAUACCUUCAAUGGGACCGAUGAGGACUUGCUGUCUGCGCUGGAUCAAGACUGGAGCGACACUCCAGCUGAGAGACUAUCACGGACGGGUCAUAACGUGGUCGCCGUUAUUUUGGGAUCUAUAAUGAUAUUCGGCAUCCUGAACAAUUGCAUCGUCCUCGUUCUCUUUUGUAAAUUCAAGACUCUGCGGACUCCAGUGAACAUGCUCCUGCUCAAUAUCAGUGUGAGUGACAUGCUCGUGUGUGUGUUCGGCACCACGCUCAGCUUCGCGGCCAGUAUCCGCGGCCGGUGGCUGGUGGGGAGACACGGGUGCAUGUGGUAUGGGUUCGUCAACUCCUGCUUUGGGAUUGUAUCAUUGAUCUCUCUGGCAAUCCUUUCAUAUGAUCGUUAUAGCACUUUAACGGUUUACAACAAGAGGGCCCCAGACUACAGUAAGCCCUUGUUGGCUGUUGGGGGCUCCUGGCUCUACUCCCUGUUCUGGACAGUACCCCCCCUGCUGGGUUGGAGUAGCUAUGGACUGGAAGGGGCAGGCACCAGCUGCUCGGUCACAUGGACCGCCAACACCCCACAAUCUCAUUCCUAUAUCAUCUGUCUGUUCAUUUUCUGUUUGGGAAUUCCUGUGCUGGUCAUGGUCUACUGUUACAGCCGGCUCCUUUGUGCUGUCAAACAGGUAGGGCACAUCAGGAAGACAGCAGCCCGGAGAAGAGAGUACCACAUUUUAUUUAUGGUCAUCACCACAGUGGUGUGCUACUUAGUGUGCUGGAUGCCAUAUGGGGUAGUUGCAAUGAUGGCCACAUUUGGACGUCCGGGCAUCAUCACACCCAUUGCGAGCGUGGUGCCUUCCCUCCUAGCCAAAAGCAGCACAGUCAUCAACCCUCUAAUUUACAUCCUUAUGAACAAACAGGCUGUCAACAUACACUGCCUGACAGCACCCUGUCGAGAUCAGAGAUUUGUCACACUGCAUACAUGCACACACACACACAGGGGACACACACUUCAAAUAGUAAGCAGGGCUGUAGUCACACGCCAGUAUGAAGACCAACCAGGAUCUUGGGACAACACUCAGCCAAUGAGACAUCAGGUCUAAUGAGAGGAGCCAUAAGAGAUUCCCCCUUGGGAUGGCCAAUCACCUUACACAGUUUGCUUGUUCUGUAACCACUUCUACAGGUUGUCAAGGCAAUGAAGUGAUCCAAGUGUCUUGACUUAACACCAACCAAGCAGCUAUCAUUUGAGAAUCAGCGGCGAGUGCCCAUCAUGCUGUUCGCCAUAGGAGAUGCCACAGGGACUUUUGAGUGGGGUGGACUGGAUUUAAUUGCCAUCCAAAGACAAACUAUUAAAGCUGUGUAAUGUAGCAAAGGAAAAGUUGCAAAAAAUGUGAAUACUCAAGAAAGUAAAAAAAGCUACUUACAGUAACAGUAACAACGUUUUUGUAUUAGUUACAUUACUUUACACCACUGUGUAGAGAUAAACACAUGGCACAUGCAUGCAUAGUUUUGAAUGUAAACAGAUACAAUUUCCGCACGUCUCUCCUUGACCAGACAACAGUGCAUGAAUGUCAACCAUGUAUGCUUUUCACAUGGGAUACCUAACAUCAAACAUCCAACAGAAUAAAGAAUGAGUCCAUCAAAGCAUUCCAGUUAAUAGUAAUUAACACAAAAUCAUCCUAAAACAGCAUAUAGAAUGCACUUUGGUGUUGUAAUUAAAGGGAAGUUUCAGCUGGGCAAAAUUUCACACACAAAAUUAUAGGGAUAGUUCACUCAAAAAUGAUAACUCUCAUCAUUUAAAAGGACACAAAGGCAGCUUGAGAGUAAUCCUAACGAUGCGAGUGGUAUACAGUGUUGGGUGUAAUGCAUUACUUACUGUAAUUAAAUUACUUUUUCAUUGAAAAAGUAAAGUAAGGGAUCACUCUUAUUUUUUCAGUAAUUUAAUUACAGUUACUUCUGAUGUAAUUGUGUUAAAUACUGUAUAAACUCUAGAACAAUUCUAUAUAAAACAAUAGUGAAUUUAAAAUCUAAAUGUAACGUCUAAUGUUCAAAUAACUCUUUUCUAAUUUAACGCCGCCCCCUUAAAUUCUUUGGCCAGUUCAUGAAUAAUUUAUUUGAUUGUAUAUUAUUUACUUGAAAGAAUUAAAAGAACAGUUUCAUGUCUAUCCUUGUAUUUUUCAUCUGGUCGAGGUUGAUAAGGGUUUUAGAAAGUAAUAAGUAAUGCAAUUACUUUUCAGACAGAGUAAUUAGUACAGUAAUCUAAUUACAAUGUAGAAGAUGUAAUUAGUAGUUAGUGAUUAAUUACUUUACUGGUGGUAUAUCCCUUAUCUUCUGAAGAGAUUUGAUCGCUUUGGGUAAGAAACAGACCAAAAUUUUAAUCCUUAUUCAUUUUAAAUCUUGACGGCGGGGACGACUGGAACAAGGUGCAGUCUUGAUGAUUUGAUGCAGCAUGCAAUUGCCAGGUACUCAAUCCAGGGAUCAUUAUGCAGUGCAUCAAUAAAACAACUUUUUGGAGAGGUACUUAAAAAAAAAAAAAAAAAAAAAAAAAAAAAAAACGUAACCCCCCCACUUUAUCAUUUUAACGUGUAUACAUUUUUAAAAUAGCCCAACUGGCCAUGAAAUCUGUGAACCAGGCAAACUAUAUCUGAUUUCUGUACAUUGUUCUGCCAGAGAAUAUUUAGGCCGAGAUUGAGCACUUGUAUUAAAAUGAAUGAGAAGAAUUGGAACGUGUAUGUAUAAAUGGAAGUCCCGCCUUACAGGUAAAAGAGACAAACACCUUUUAGAUACAGGCAUGGCAUGUCAGUCAAUUGCCGAACAUGCAUACACGUUAACUGGACCAGCCUGAAAACUUUCAUUAUUUAGCAUGAUCAAAGCUAAGGAAGCACAAUGUAUACAGUAAUAUCAGAGUCAGAUUUUACUGCUGAUUUUAAAUGUUCUUUGAUCAUGAUCUUGACCAACCAUUUUGGAGAUUUCGGUCUUUCCCCAUUCAAGUAGAUAAGAGCUAUGCCGCGUGUUUCCAUAGAAAAUAGCUGCUCGGGAGCAUUCCCGAGAUGGCAGCCGAGUGGAAGGACUUGCCCUGAAAGGGACUUUGGUUCCAUGCAUGCAUCAAGUGUGAGGAAGUGUAUAAAUGAGCUUUUCUCAUGAAUGCACCAAGGAGACUGUGGAUGUCAAGUUUUAUAGUGAACUGGGAUUACAAUUUUGGUCUGUUUCUGGCCCAAAGCGAUUGUUUCACUUAAAAAGGCAUGUAUUACACCCCUCGAGUCGUACUUUUGUGCUGCCUUUAUGUCCUUUUUGGAGCUUAAAAGUUUUGGACCCCACUGACUUACACUGAAUGGACAAAAACACCUCAUACACCUUCAAAAUAUCUUUGUGUUCCGCAGAAGUCAUCCCAUUCUGAGACAGCAUAAGGGUGAGUAAAUGACGAGCGAAUUAUAAUUUUUGGGUGAACUAUCCCUUUAAGUAUAAAAAAAAUAUUAAUGGCUGUGGUUCUGUUGUGCCUCUGAGAGAAUAAGAGUACUAAUGUUUGUGAUUUUGUGCAGUUUUACAGGUGUUUCCUCAUCCUGUUUCAUUGCAAACACAGCUCUCUAGAGAAUGGACACUCUUCCAUGCCUUCAAGAACUACUGUCAUCCAGCUCAACCGUAGGGUUUAUAGCAACACUGCGGCUGGGAACGCACCCCCUUC